AGCUGAGAAAGAGAAUAUCAUCACCCACUCACCUCAGCUCCCGCACACAUACCCUCACACGUCCAGAGAGGAGGGGAGACAGCGAGUAUAUUAGUGAGAGAGAGAGAAACGCAGCGGAAGGGAGGGUGAGAGAGCUCUGGUAGACGGAGGCAGUGUGGAUAUCAAACGGAAGCUUCUAAAGCUUUAGGAUUUUCCAACCAGCGUUUAAUUUUCGUACAUUCUCACCUGAAGGACUCUUAGACCAGAGCAGCACAGGAAGGCAGUGAAGAAUCACCGGCUUUUGCUUGUUUUAUUUGGAAACGCGGGGUUUGUCUGUUGGCAAGCGGCAGUGGAGAUGCUCCUGUAAUUGGAUUCAUCUGGAAAGCUCUCAAACCGCAAGGAGAGCUGCUUAAGUGACAGCGGUGCUAUAACGCAGCGUAGUAAAUUCAAUUUCUUUCAGUCUUUCUUUCCAUCCUUUCUGUUCUCCUUCUGCCUUCUCGGCAACCCCUGUCAUCUCUUUCCCACUAGCAGAAGAGUUUCUGUGGAACGUGUCGCACGCAGAUCCUCGCGAUGGGUGAUAAAGGCACAAGGGUGUUCAAGAAGGCAAGUCCGAAUGGAAAGCUAACGGUGUACCUUGGUAAGAGGGAUUUCGUUGACCAUGUGGACCUUGUGGAGCCUGUCGAUGGUGUGGUUUUAAUUGAUCCAGAGUACUUGAAAGAAAGAAAAGUUUUUGUGACACUGACGUGUGCUUUCCGCUAUGGACGGGAGGACUUGGAUGUUCUUGGCUUGACAUUUCGCAAAGACCUCUUUGUGGCCAACAUCCAGGCAUUUCCUCCUGUGCCUGAAGAGAAAAAGAGCUUGACACGUCUACAAGAGCGAUUGAUAAAGAAACUUGGAGAACAUGCUUACCCCUUCACCUUCGAGAUUCCUCCGAACUUACCCUGUUCUGUAACGUUACAACCAGGGCCAGAAGAUACAGGAAAGGCCUGCGGGGUUGACUUUGAAGUCAAAGCUUUCUGUGCAGAAAAUGUUGAAGAAAAAAUCCACAAAAGAAAUUCAGUGCGUCUUGUUAUCAGAAAAGUGCAGUAUGCUCCAGAGAAGCCGGGCCCACAGCCAAUGGCUGAAACCACAAGGCAGUUUCUCAUGUCAGACAAACCAUUACACCUGGAGGCCUCACUUGACAAAGAGAUUUACUAUCAUGGUGAACCAAUCAGUGUCAACGUCCAUGUCACAAACAACACAAACAAGACAGUAAAAAAAAUAAAGAUUUCAGUGCGUCAAUAUGCUGAUAUUUGCCUCUUCAACACUGCCCAGUACAAGUGUCCAGUGGCAACAGAGGAAUCAGAUGAUAUAGUGGCUCCCAGUGCCACAUUUUGUAAAGUAUACACUCUUACCCCAUUCCUCGCAAAUAACCGAGAGAAACGCGGUUUGGCUCUGGAUGGCAAACUCAAACAUGAAGACACAAAUUUAGCAUCAAGUACAUUGUUAAGAGAGGGAGCCAAUAAGGAAAUUCUGGGCAUCAUUGUUUCCUAUAAGGUGAAAGUGAAGCUGGUGGUGUCCCGUGGAGGUGAUGUAGCUGUCGAGCUCCCCUUUACAUUAAUGCAUCCCAAACCAUUGGAGGAAUCGAUCUACAGAGAUGCCCCAGAAAAUGAUGCCCCCAUUGACACGAACCUCAUUGAAUUUGACACAAAUGACGAUGACAUCAUCUUCGAGGACUUUGCUCGGCAACGACUGAUCGGGGCAAAAGACGACAAAGAUGAAGAUGAGGAGGGUGCCGAUUCGCCCAAACUGAAUGACAGAUAGACGUGCAGAUAAGAGUUUCCUGUGUUGUGACGAUACGAGAGACCCUUUCUAGAUAACCUGGAAAAAUGGGACACCCUUUAACACACUCACAGUGGUGCAGUUGUUGUGUUCUUGUUCACAUUCGUCUCUUCCAUCCUGCGAGGGUGUAAAAUAAAAACUUGUGUAGAAAAAUGUGACCUUGUCGUUGAAGCGAUUAGAAGGUGAGGUUUUAGUUGAUAGGCCGCCCACUGAGUGCCUCGGAUAUUAGAGGGUCUUUUGGGGUUGAGGCAAUGGCUUCUCAUCAUAGCUAAAUCAAACGUCGGUGGUAGCAUGCCUUUGUUGUUGCUUUGUUUUAUAGAUUCUUCCUUUGAUUAGAACAGAGGGGGAGUUUGAGGGUCGUGGCUUCGUAUUAAACCCUAUUUAAUGUAUGGAAUUUGUUCUGUUUUAAUUACUCUAAAAGGAACUGGAUUUACUAUUUUUUAUUAUAAAAAGCUGCCAAAUUGAAUAAUCUUUAUAAUGUCUCAUGUCUCAACUGAGGUACUUUUUUCCACGUUUCAAAAGAACCAAUGUCUCAUCUAAUCUAAAAGUUAUCGUAUAUAUAUAUCUAUAUAUAUAUAUAUAUAUCUAUAUCUAUAUAUAUAUAUAUAUAUAUAUAUGAUACAUGACAAUGCAACAACCAUUUAUGACAUUUUUUUCUCUUCAAUGGUUUCUAAAAGUGGGUUUCUAUGAAAUCAUUUAAUUGUAAACAAUGCCUAUAUAUCUUUAAAGGGACAGUAUAUUAUUAUAGGAUAUUUUUACAUAAUUGAAGCUUCUCAAACAAAGCACCUAUGAAUAGUUGUGUGCUACAAACAUUCCAGUUACAGUAUCUAUUCUGAAUAAAUUAUAUGUAUACUUAAAUCUGUUUCAAAACCAUCAUCUGUGGAACAGAAAAUGAGAAAUUUUGAAGAAUGUACUGUUUUUUUUUAUCAUAAUUAAUAGGGACUGCAGCUUUCAAGUGUCAGUAAAGAUUUAAAAGCACCAUAAAAUAAUCAUUAAAAUUCGCCCCAACUUGUGCCUAUAUUGUAUAAAUAAUUUCUUUAAUUUCGUUUGUGCAAAAAAAAAUCAAAGUUUGUGAAUGAAUUAUUCGGUGUGAACCAGAUCACACAAUUCAUUGAAAAAAUCAGACUCAAAUAAAUAAAUAAAUAAAGAAAGAAAGAAAGAAAAAUAAACGUUGAAUCAAGAAUCACUACUUGAACUCUCAUGAACUAUGGCCAAGUAGAUGUUGGGCAGAUGUCAUUGUUUAAUAACUUAAAUAUCUGUCUGUUCCUCUAGCAAUGCAAAAUGACUUAAGUGUACAAAGUCACAUGGACUGUGACUAAUUCUUUUAAUAUGGUUUUGCUCCAUAUGGUCAUGUUGGAAAUUUGAAAGCUCCAGUCCCUAUUUUAAUUUUUUCUGCACUGAAAAAAACAGCUCAUUCUUUAAAAUUUCUCUUGUUGUGUUUCAUGGAAGAAAGAAAGUCAUGCAGGUUCAGAACAACAUCACAGUAAAUAAAUGAUGACAGAAUUUUCAUUUUGGGGCAAACUAUUCGUUUAAAUAUUCUAUGGACAAUUUCACACUUGUCUGACUCCUCUAGUCUCAUCCAGUAAUUCUCUGAGCUGGAGAGCCACUAAAAGACAAAAGACACUUGAUUGGAAAUGUUGCCAUUUUUACAUUGCAAAGAUUAUGUGCUUUCUAUAUGAAUGAGGCCUUGACUUACUGCAUGAGACGUCAAUAAUUUGUAUGUUUUGUGAAAGAAAGAAAGAAAGAAAGAUAGAAAGAAAGAAAGAAAAGUUUAAAUGAAAAUGGAUUGUUCAAUGAACUGAUAUAUUAUAAUUUCCAUGUGCUGGAUAAACCACAAUUCUAAAAUAAGUAAACUUAAUUAUUGACAAGAAUGAAUGAAAGUAUAAAGAAAAUGAUAUUGAUGAUCAAAUGUAAGAAGAAAUUACAAUAUAUUAAAUAUAUACUAUGUUGUAUA